CCACGCGUGUCUUUGGUCUGAGUGCGGAGCUGACGUCACGGGGGCUGGCGAUUGGGCCGGUGAUGCAGCGGCGCCGCCGCCGAGUGGCCCGAGUGCUGCAGUCUCCCGGCGCUGGGAGGGGGAGGCAGACGAGGGGCACUGGUGCGUAAGCGUAUAGAUUAUUAUGGCAUCGCGGCGAAUGGAGACUAAACCGGUGAUAACGUGUCUCAAAACGCUCCUUAUCAUCUACAGCUUCGUUUUCUGGAUCACAGGUGUUGUCCUAUUGGCUGUUGGAGUAUGGGGUAAACUCACCUUGGGGACCUACAUCUCUCUUGUUGCUGAAAAUUCCACAAAUGCACCGUAUGUGCUCAUUGGGACUGGCACCACCAUUGUUGUUUUUGGCCUAUUUGGUUGCUUUGCAACAUGUCGUGGAAGCCCAUGGAUGCUGAAACUGUAUGCCAUGUUCCUCUCGCUGGUGUUCUUGGCAGAGCUGGUGGCUGGCAUUUCGGGAUUUGUAUUUCGACAUGAGAUUAAAGAUAUUUUUCUCAAGACUUACACUGAUGCUGUUCAUAAUUACAAUGGAAAGGAUGAGCAAAGCCAUGCUGUUGAUGAUGUGCAGAAUAGUCUGCACUGCUGUGGUAUACAAAACUACACAAACUGGAGCACCAGCAUCUAUUGGCCUAAGCAUGGCUUUCCUCAGAGUUGCUGUAUAAAAAGCAGUGACUGCAACCCAGAGGAUUUACGGAACAUGACUAUUGCUGCCACCAAAGUCCACCAGCAGGGCUGCUAUGAGUUGGUGACCAGCUUUAUGGAGACAAAUAUGGGAAUUAUUGCUGGGGUUGCAUUUGGAAUUGCCUUUCUACAGUUAAUUGGAAUGUUGCUGGCCUGCUGUUUGUCCCGAUUUAUCACUGCGAACCAGUAUGAAAUGGUGUAAAACAUGCAAGGAAAAGGAGACAUGAUCUAAUUAGUCAGUUUGUUAUGUAGAAUUUGUAGAAGACCAGCCGGCAUCCUCAAGCAGAAUAUUUUUUCUAUUAUUUGUGGUGCACUGUUUUUUUCGCAUCGAGCUGUGCAAUAAUGGGCACCUUCUUUUUACCUUGAACAUCAAAGCUUUUAAGAUGCUGGAGAUUGCUGUAGUUUAUUUACUUGGUUAACUUAAUGGGAUUCAUACUAUGAUAUAGCAGGUACCAUAUUUGCUUUCUGUGGCUCUGCAUGUGGAAACAUGAGUUUUAUGGGGAUGCGGUAUGCAGGUGGGUCGAGGCUGUUCAGCAGUGUCACUGGAAUUUCUAAUUUAUUUAUAGUGACAAAUAUUGAUGACUCUUUCUCGUAGAUAUUCAGGUUUUGAUUUAAUUCAUACACUACUGUUGUUCUGCCAUGUGGGCUUAGAAAUGGGGGAAAAUGGAUUACUGGGGGAAAUAAUAUAAUAGUACUGUAGGGCUUGAAGGGAAAGGUAAUUGUGAUUUCCCUGAAUCUAAACUACAAUUCAAGUUUUGUAAUUAAGGUGUCAUUAAACAUUACUGCUCAUGGCACUCUAUGUGGUCUCCUGCCCUUUGU